AUGAAUUAAUCUCAAAUAUAAACUAAUCACAAAUCAAUAAAAAAGGAUCCAGGGGAGAAUAGUAACAAAUUAUCCAGUGGAUCGAUAGUGGCAACUAAAUUUAGAUUGAUAGAUAAAGUAGGUUAAGGCAGUUUUGGAAUGAUUUAUAAGACAGAGAAUAUGGAGACUGGGGAAAUAUUUGCGACUAAAUUUGAGAAGAGAGAAGAAAAUUCAAAUGGAUCAGUUAGUUUGUGCAAGAUUUUGAGGGUAAAUGAUAAUAUAAAUUUGAUAGGAUUUCCUUAGAUUGUAUUUUACGGAAGGGAUGAGCAGUACAAUUAUUUCAUGCAAACGUAUCUGGGAUACAAUUUGGAAUAAUUAUUAAAGAGAUGCAAUUACAAAUUUAGCAUUCAGACUGUUUUAAGGAUUGGAAUUAUAUUAAUGGAGAGAAUCAAGAUGUUGCAUUCAAAAAACUUAAUUCAUAGAGAUUUAAAACCUGAUAACAUGUGUAUAGGGUAUGAUGAUAUCGAUUAGAUAUAUUUAAUCGAUUUUGGUUUGGCCAAGUACUAUAGAAAUUCAUAGGGUGAUCACAUACCCUAAAAUGAGAGAAGAGGAAUGAUUGGGACAGCUAGAUAUGCAAGUCUAACAGCACAUUUAGGAAAGGAACAAUCUCGAAAAGAUGAUAUUGAGAGUCUGGGAUAUGUAUUAGUCUAUCUGGCUAAAGGUCGUCUUCCAUGGAUGAAUCUAAACACCUCUACAAAGUCAGAGAAGUAUUAAAAAAUUAAAGAAUUUAAACAAUAAAUCACUUUAGAGAAGUUAUGUGAAGGAUUGCCGAAAUGUUUCUUGAAUCUAUUUAUCUAUGCACGUGGCCUUGAUUUUUAAGGAGAACCAGAAUAUUCGUUUCUAAGAGAUCAAUUUUAGAAAUAAUACUAAAUCGAGGUAUAAUCCUCAUAGAACCAUGUUCCAUUGGAUUUCGAGUGGGAGCGUUUACCUGAACUCAAAAAAAGAAAACAAAGGGUUAUAGCAAAUCUGUUGAAAUAAAAACUAGAAAAAUAAACUGAAGUUAAGCCUGAAUUGGACAUUAAGAAAAGUUACGAUGAAAAACCAGAAUAAAGAGGAAGUUCUUUUCUAAAUGUGCCUGUCUAUGAAAAUGAAUAAUAAUAGCUUUCCCCUGAAAAAAAUAAACAAAGCAGAAGAUGCAGUUAAAAUAUAUCUAGCAUGGGUACUAGUUAAAUCAACAAUUAUCAUUAUUAAAGUUAGAAAGAGAAUUUUAGAAAGUUUGCUUUUGAAAAACGUGAGUAAUCUUAUUUUUCGAUUGAAAAAAAAGAGUAGACUCAAAAGAACUUCUUAAAGUAAACAUCAACUAAAGCUGAACGUCAAUAAGCAUUAUAGGAUAUAGAUAAUGAUUAUAGAGAUUUUGAUGAUUUAGAUUAAUUGGCAGAUGAGGAAACCAAUAUUGCCAUCUUUAAUAUUACUCCUCAUUUAUCAAGGAGAAAGUUUUAAUGA